AUGCCUAGGCGCACAAGCUCGAGGCUCCGCGGCGGGGCCGCACCUGCUGCGAGCGCGGCGGCUGCUGGAGAGUCUGAUGGAGAGGGGAGCAGCGGCGGCGGCGACGGUGGUUGCCCGUUCCCGCCUUCGCCGGGAAAGCGCAAGGCGCGGAGCCCGGUCGAGGAGGACCACGGCCAACUGGCGGCGGGUCUUGCGAACCCCCACCCGCUCCGGUCCCCGUCGUUUCAGUCGCCCAAGAAGAGGGUGCAGGGAAUCGGCGACAGGUUCAGCGCCGCGCCCUUCGACAAGGAGAACGACCUUCACUUGAGCAGCGGCAGCGGCAGCGGCAUGAGCCUUGGCGGUGGGAUGUUUUCGGCUCCGUUGUCCGCGGACGGCGGUGCAGCCGGUGCCUUCCGACUCUCUGCCUUCAGCGCGUUCUCCCAACACGCGUCACCCAGGCUGAAGAUCGAGCAGAGCAGGGGCGGGGGCGGCAGGAGGAGGGGCCGAGGAGAGGAAUCGGCGGCAGAACCCCUGCAGCCUACGGCGGCGGAGGCGGGGGCUGACGCCCCGUCGACGCCCCGCGUGCCCAGCGCGGGCCCGGCGGGGAAGGACUCUUCCAUGCUGCCCUUUCUGCUAGCCCCGGCCAGCGUGACGAGCUCGCCGGACUUGCGCCGCAAGGGACGCUACUCCUUUCGGUCGGGCGCCGGCUGUGCCGCUGGUGGGCGGCGAGCGGCGACGAUAGCUGCUGCUGCGGCGGCGGCGACCUCAUCGUCGGCAGAGUCCAUGUCCGCGGCCAGCCCCACCGAGGUUAACUCCGGUGGAGGCGGCCCGGCGGGGUCGUACAGGCGUGCCGUCGGGGGCGGCCGGCUCGGGGCUGGCGGGGGCGGCGGGGGGGACACCAUGUCGGACCACUCGCCCCGGCGAUCGCCGGUCCACUGCCUGACGGAAUCGCUGCAGAAGUGGGACCCCGGCAGCCGGUACGCAAGCCCGGCGGAUGACAAUAACAACAGCAACAACAACAUCGAGGAGAGGGGCGCCGGCGCCGGCGGCGACGGGGACGAGGGUUCUUGCGCUGCCGCAGGGGGAGGGGGAGCAGCAACGGGGGUCGCGGGAGCGACGACGAAGGAGGUCGGGGCCAGCUGGAACGGCCAGGAGCUGCGCCGCACGCUGCAGAAGGAGCGCAUGGGGCGGGGGCGCCGGCGCCGGCACUCGAUCACCUCCGCCCAGGACAUGUACCCGCAGGCGAGGUUCGGGGACCACUCCCCCAUCUCGCCCGCGUCCAGCGCCGCGUCGAUAGCUCUCGAGGGCUUCGACGCAAGCCCCCCCGCGAGCGCUGGCCGCCCGUGGCGAUCGUCUCCCAGGAGAGUGGAGGGCGGCGGCGGCGGCGUCGGCGGCGGCGUCGGCGGCGGCGCUGGCAGCGGGGGAGGUUCCGGUCGGCGAGCGAGCGACAGCGGCAGCAGCGGUAGCGGUAGCUGCAGGAGAGGCGACGGCGCCGGCGCCGGCGACGAAGCGGUCGGGUCGGCGCACCACUUCGGGAUCGUGCGGAUGGAAGGGUCUUGGUCGGACGACGACACCGGCCCGUCGGGCACCGUGAUGAAGCUCGCCUUUUCCCCCAGAAAGAUUACCGCCGACGCGCGGACGCCGACGACGGGUGGGAAAGGGUUGACUUCGCCGCCGUUCUCGGUGGAGUCGCCCACCCCCUUCUCCAAGAGCGGAGACAGCAGCGCCUCGACGGAGGGCACAGCGGAGGAGUCGCGCCACCCGGCGUCGCCGGAGCAGCCCUCCCUGGGCUCCAUGCGCGACCUGAUGGACGAGGGCACGGACGACGAGGAGGAGGGCGGCGGCGGGGGGACUCGCGGCGGCGGUGGCGAUGGCGACAGCCGCGCGACGUUGGUGCGGCGCAGGCGUCGGCGGCCGCGGCCGGAGGUAGCGCUUCGAACGCUGGAGAUGCCGGACGCGAUGGACACAGAGGGCGGCCCACCGGCGGCGACGACGGCGGCUGCUGCUGGCGCGGGAAGCAACUCGGCUACCGCUGCCGCGGCCAGCAAGAGCACCCCGAAUCCUCUCGUGUCCCCCGCCGCGUUCGCCGGAAAACACCUCGGCGGCGGCGGCGGCGGAGCCGGGUUCGGAAGCGGGUGUAUGACGGCCCGGCGGCCGUGGGAAGGCCCCGCGCCCCUCGAAGGCUCGUCGAUCUGUACGCAGGGUACGCCGGGAACGGCGGCGGCCGUGGUGGCGGCGUCUUCUUCCGUGACGACGGCGGAUGAUUCGUGGAUCCGCGAUCGCGGUGGCAAGGGCAAGGGUAGAGGAGACUGGGGUGUGUGUUCCACAUCGUCCGGGUUCGGAGCGGCCGCAGAGGAUGCGCAGCAGGACGUGAGCGGCGGGGAGGGGAACUCGAGCGGAAUGAUGACGACGCUGGGCCUAAGCGGGCUGAGCGGCCUGGCGGAUACCUCUGGCGCGUCCGAAGCCUCGACGUCGUUUGUCAAGUCGCGGCCUAUCCCUGAUCAGUCGGCCUUCACCUCGUCAAGGUUUACCAAGGUCGGAGCGCACUCUCCCCUGGUAGGCAGCAGCGGCGGCGGCCCGGCCCCCGCCGGCCCGGCUGCUCCCGUGUGCCUGACGCCGCGGAAGUCGAUAAUGCGGUGCCCGCCUACGCCGCAGCGCACGCCCACGUGGGAGAGCGAGGACAGCCUGCUGCUGGAGGGGGCCGGGAGCGGCGGCGGUCGCGCUCCUCGCGGGGGGGGCAUCUCGGCGGGGGGCCUGUUGAGCAGCAGCCGGAGCUGCCUCCUCCAGAGCAAACUCCUCGCGAGCAGCAGCAGCGACGACGGCAUCGUCGACGCCGGCGGCGGCGGCACCGGCGUGGCGGCGAUUGACGUUGUCCUCGCAAACGCCUCCUCCUCCUCCUCCUCCUCCCCCGGAGGCGCCGCAGCGCGACGGAGCUCUCCUCGUUUGGAGGCGGCAGCCGCCGCCGCUGUUGACGGUGGCGGCCCCGCGGCGGCGGCGGCGGCGAGCGGGAGCGGUGGUCGGUACGACGGCAAUAGCAGCAGCAGCAGCAGCAGCUUCGGGGGGGCGAGCGGGAGAGGAGGGCGGGGCCGCGGCGGGCGAGAGCGGCUAAGCACAGGCGGGACGAACACCGGUGGCCGCGGCGGCGGCAGCCGUUUCGCUAGCGUUGCCGAACCGGCGCCGGCUGUUGACGCCGCAGCCAGCAGCGGAGGCGGCGGGGUGGUAGUUGGAGCCGGCGCCGUGGCGACGGCCACGGACAGCACCCUGGGCUUCAAGCACGAUUUCGUGCAGAUGGGGCCGAUCGGGGAGGGAGGCUUCUCCGUGGUGUGGAAGGUGCGCGCAAAGGGCACCGGGCGGCUCUACGCGAUCAAACGGAGCAAGAGAGAGUUCCGGGGCAGGCGCGACCGGGACCGGUGCCUGCUCGAGGCGAAGGCGCUGCAGCGGCUCGGGCAGCACCCCGGGGUUCUCCGGUUCGAGCGGGCGUGGCAGGAGGAGGGGCACUUCUGUCUGCAGACGGAGCUCUGCGAGCUCGGAACCCUUAAGGACUUUCUGGAGAGGCUUCCUUCUCGGCGCGAGAUCCCGGAGCCGGCGGUGUGGCAGGUCUUGCAGGACAUCGGGCAGGCGCUGAGUCACGUGCACGCGAUGGGCCUGGUGCACCUGGACGUGAAGCCGUCAAACCUCUUGAUCGGGGAUGAAGGGGGACGCUUGAAGCUGGCGGACUUCGGCAUGGCCACGGCGUAUGGCGAGGGGCUUGAAGGAAUCGGCGACGGUCAGGAGGGGGACACGCUGUACAUGGCCAAGGAGCUGCUCUCUUCCACGGCGCGACUCCCCUCGGCGGACAUGUUCAGCCUCGGCUUGACCGUGUACGAAUUGGCGACGAGAAUAGAGCUACCGGGGGACGGCGAGGACUGGCACGCCAUGAGGGACGGGAGGGCUGUCGGUCUCCCUUCCUCGAGGUCGAGGGACCUGGGGGACGUCUUGCGUCAGUUGAUGCACCCCGACCCACGGCAGCGGCCUACGGCAGACGCGCUGUGCGAACACCCUCGCGUUGCCAACGUCACCGACGGCGGCGCCAGCGGCAAGGACAAGAAAAACGCCGUCGGAGGGAAACCCGUCGCGCCGGGGGCGGGAGCAGCGGCGGCGGCGGCGGCGACUGCGCGGCAAGAGCGAGACGACUACGUGGAAACAGCUGCGUGCCACCUGUGGCCACUCUCGUUCAGCCAGCCCGGCGGGUGACGCCUACAUAGAAUAACAGCUUCAUCGUCGAGUGAAGUGGAACGAACGUCGCCAGUUCCGUUUAUUUGUCACGCCACUUUUUUGUCUUUUUGUUUGUUGUGCGUGGGGGGGGGGGGGGGAUAGACCAACGCGCUGCUAGAGGUUGGGUAACGUGCUUGCGUUCGGUUGUUUUCUUGUUGAACCGGUCAGCGCUAGUCCCGCAUAGUUGAUUGUCGGUGGCAUUUCCUGUCGCGGGGUGGGAAGGGGGGGCGCCGGUAAAUCAGCCUGAACGGGGGUUUCUACCUCCACGGCGCACGGGGAAUGCGGCGCAUAUGAUACCGGUAGAGGGGGGUACAUUAGUACAUGGAUGUAUUGGCUAGGAUGGUGCGAGCGCGCGCAUUGGAUGGAUGGAUGGAUGGAUGGAUGGGGUGUAUCGUAGUCGUGACAGCUGUAUAAUCAUUCACGGGUGGGCGUCGUAGACCCUCGCAUAGCGAAGGGGUUAACAAGAAGAAGGGCGGGCGGGAAAAACCAUUAAGAAGCCGGGCUGCUCGGUCAGCCAG